AUGCGGCCCGGAUUCGCGGCCGCUUCCGCGUUUGAACGGCGGCGCCUGCUGCUGACGUCAUCACUCCCGCCGCUUCCAUCCCGGCCUUACUUCCGCGUUCGGGAGCCCUCGCUUCCACGCCUGCGCGGCGCGGCAUCGGCCACCCCUCCUCAGACCCCGCGGUUACCCCGGCAACGCCGCUCGCGGCUCGAGCCGCUCCUGGCCCGGCCCCGGCCCUGCCCCGGACGUCAGCCCCACCCCCGCUUCCAGCUCAGCCCCGGCCCCGCUGCCAGCCCAGCCACGCUCCAUCGUACGAGCUUUCGGCAGCUACACCUCCUACCAGCUCUGUGUCCACACAGCCCCCGUCUGCACCGCAGCCACAGCCGUGGACACACAGCAGGGACAUUUCAACAGGCCAAACUAAGGAAGCACAUCCAAAACCCCCGUGCUUCGGAGUUGGUGCAUUUCCUCUUCGGGCCGCUGGAACUGAUCAUCAACAGCUGCGGUGGCCCUGAGCUGGCCCGGUCUGUCCUCAGCCCGCUGCUUUCUAAAGACGCCACCGAUUUUCUGAGAGGACACCUGACAGCCAAAGAGAUAAACCUCUGGGAUUCCCUGGGGGAGACAUGGACCAGAUCCAGAGCCGAGUGGCCCCGAGACACGAACAUCCCCACCUACAUCCCCAAAUUCCACAACGGCUGGGAAACGCCCACAGAAAUCUUCCGUGGAGCUCCCUGGGAAAUAGACAUUGGACACUUGCAAGAGGAGCUCUCCUCACUCAAGCGUGGCCAGACGGCUGAGCAGACACAGGUCGGGGAUGCCUUCAAACAGAACAUCACUCCACAUGGAAAUAGGAAUUUCGAGGCCCAGGGGGUGGCUGUGCCCAAGAGAUUUGCCAAGAUCCGCUACGAUUUCACCGCGCGAAACGCCAAUGAGCUCUCGGUGCUGAAGGAUGAAAUCCUGGAGGUGUUGGAAGAUAAUAAGCAGUGGUGGAAGUUGCUCAACCGGAGUGGGCAGCCGUACAAUAUCCUGGAUGUGGUGAAACUGGAAGAGCUCGAACAGGUCUGUCGUCAGUCUAACCAGAGGUACAAAGGAGACCUGAGCCCCAGGGGCUAUGGCCCAUCCAGCCCAACCCACAAGCUGCCUGCCAGCUACGCCGGGGAUAAGUGGGGCAGUGAGAUGUUGUCGCGCUACUCCGCACAGGACGCCAAAGAACAACUUAUUCACCAAAUGGAUGAGCUGAACGACGAGCUGCUAGAGAAGAUCACAAACAAUAAUCAGCCUCCCCACAGGAAUUUCAAAGUGGAAAAGCCUCAGCAAGUUUUUGUGCCCCUCACCUUUGAAUCCAGCACUGAAGAAGUCAAAGCCUGGCUGGAGGCCAAGUCAUUCAGCAAAGAGACCGUGGAACACCUGGGCAUCCUCACCGGAGCUCAGCUCUUCUCCCUCAACAGAGAGGAGCUGAAGAAGGUGUGCGGUGAUGAGGGAAACAGAGUCUACAGCAAGAUCACAGUGGAGAAAAAACAGCUGGAGAAAAGCAGAGGGGAGUCGAAGCUCCAAGAAAUCAUGAAGCGCCGCCAGGAAAGGAUUGAUUCUGCAAAUUAAAGUCUCUCUGCUUUAUUUCAGCUCUUAGCCCUAAGUAGUGCAGAAGAAAAGGGAAUGAAAGCAAUGAUUCCUGGCCCAGGCCGGAAGCAGCAGAGCUCCCCUUGGGGUCCAGCUGCCAUCAGAGUGACAAUUCCUUGAACACUGUUGGGAAGGGUUGACAAUAAGACCAUGUCCCACUGGGAAAGGUGUUUUAA